AUGGCCGAUCCCCUUCUCACCAGCCUCUGCGCUAUCUGUCAUAUAGAAACGCCCAAGUAUAAAUGCCCGCGAUGCACGAUUCGAACCUGCUCGCUGGCCUGCACAAAGCGACACAAGGCAUGGUCAUCAUGCAACGGAAUUCGAGAUGCUACGGCUUACGUCCCGCCCUCUAAGCUGAAGACCCCAGCUGGCGUUGACCAUGACUACAACUUCCUGUCGAGCAUUGAGCGUGCCGUUCAGCGCUCAGAGAAAGAGAUUGUCGAGGAACGGCAUCUCCUUCGGCCGGAGGACUUGCGGCCUAUUGAGGUCAGGACCGUCAAGUGGAAAACAGGCAGGGACGGGAGAAAGAGGAGAGUUCUUGUCACGGAGUUGUUGCGCGGCGAUAAUGCGGGAGGUGGAUCAGGGCUGAAGAGCGCGGAGAUGCUAUCUUCCUUACCCUUCAAGAAGAGGCUGGGGAAGUUUGGUAUUCUUUUGCGGCGCGCUCCAGUUGGUAUGGCCAGGCAGAAAGAGAACGGAACAAACUUUAGUAAAGCCUCGAGCCGUAUCAACUGGCAGGUCGAGUGGCUGCUCGUGUCGCCACCUGCGCUAGAGGCCGACACUAAAACACAACAAGAAAUAGAGAAAGCAACAGAUGAUCCGCCGAAGGUCGAGACGAAAAGGAUUUUGGCAAAGGCGCUCGACGAUAUGCCGCUUUACAAGGCUUUCGUGAUGGGUCAGAAGAGCUUCAACGACGACCUGGCGAGAAGGGAGCAGCAGCGGCUGCAACAAGAAGAUGGCGAGGAACCUGAUGAGAGCCGGGACACAAAUGCAGGCGGCCGGCCUAAGAAGCGUCGCAAGCAUCCGCACAAGCCCGGUCAGUCUCUUGCCACAGCCCAAGAUACUGAGACAGGUGCAUGGCACCCUGGCCGAUACUGCCUACAAGUCAGCCCCCGUGGUACUUGGAUGCCACAAACCGGCGUACCCGCAUUUACGGGGAUGACUGAGGAAGAGGAGGCACAGAAGAGCAAGUACACCUUCUUCCUCGUGGGUACAACCUCCGCCGCGACGGCAGCAGCGGGCCAAGUUGUCGUGCACGCCGUCGAUGCGACACUUCCAUUAGGCGAAGCCCUCCGCGAUAUCACUGUCCUCGAAUUUCCGACCAUUUAUGUCGUCGAGCAUGGAUCGCCUCUGCCAGCUUUCUUAGUGUCCGAGCCAAAACCGGUUCUUCUGACGCAGAAACGGAAGCGUGGCAACCAGCCCAUUGGCAAAAAAGGCGGGAAGGGCAGUAAGAAGUUGCGACGCAACAUGGAAGAUGGCGAACUGCCCAGCGAUGGGGAGGAUGUUAGUGAGGAUGAGGACGAGGGGAGGCUUGAUGUCCUAAAUAACAUCAUUGCCGAGGAAAGUCUAGGAGAGGACGAUGACGAAAACGAUAGCACGACAAGCAGCUCAGGGUCUGAUUCGGAUUCCGACGAGGUUGUAAGAGCUAGUUUGGCGGCCAAGCUGGCCCUUUUGAAGAAGUCUGCCCCAUGA